UUCGUCUUCCAAGAUCUCGCUUCUUUCAAACGGAGGGAAUCUUUUCGUUGCGCUCGUCUCUCGUAUAUUUCUUCAAACUUUCCUGUAACUUUUUCUUACUUUGUUUGUGAUUUUUAUUUUCGGAGUAUUUUGAACUUUGGAGAUGGCGGAUGUGAGUUCAAGGCAAUCAGAAACGAGUGAUGUUGUUCCCAUGCAGGAGGAGAAGAAGCUCAAGUAUCUUGAUUUCUUUAGGUGCGCCACUGCCUUCACAGUGGCAUGCGUUUCUCGUGUUUAUGAUUAUGCGAAGGAGAAUUCUGGCCCAUUGAAGCCUGGUGUUCAGACGGUUGAGGGCAGCGUCAAGACUGUGUUAGGGCCUGUGUAUCAGAAGCUCCAUCACCUCCCCUCUGAUCUCCUCUUCUUUGCUGAUGGCAAGGUAGACGACACGGUGUCGAAGCUGGAUUCCUAUGUACCACCGCUGGUGAAGACUGCCUCGAGCCAACUCUGUGCUGCUGCUUCGGAGGUCCGCCGAUCUGGAGUCACCGAGGCGGUGAGUGAGCUCUACACCAAGUACGAGCCUGUGGGCCGUGACCUCUACACCAAGUACGAGCCGGUGGCAGAGCACUAUGCCGUGUCCGCAUGGGAGGCCGCCAACCGCUUGCCUCUCUUCCCCCACGUGGCGCAAAUCAUUGUUCUCUCUGCUUCCUAUUGGUCGGAAAGGUACAAUGACUCCGUGCUAUAUGCAUCCCAAACGGGGUACCAUGUGGCGCAAUAUCUGCCGUUCAUUCCGACUGAUCGGAUAGCAAAAGUCUUCAAGGGCAGGGCCCAAAUGGAGAUGGAGCCUAUCCACGAGGAGAGUGAGACGGAUGUCCACCAGGAGAGUGAGACCGAUGUCCAUGUGGACGAAAAGCAGCAGUCUACAUCUUCGGUCGGCGAAGAUGCUCCGCAUCCUUCCGAAUAGAUUAUUUUUUUUUUUUGUUGUCUUAGGGUUGGGGUUUGUUUUUGCUCUAAAUGAAUGAGAUGGGUGGCCGAUACCUCGCUUAGUACUGUCUGGUUUGCCGUGAUUGGGUCUGCGUUUAUUCGCUUAUAUUGUUUUGUACAAAUAAUCCUUUAUUGUGGAAAUAUGAUCAACAAUAUAUUUUUGUUGUUGGAUAUUGUA